AUGGCCAUCACCGUUAUUCUAGGCUCCCAAUGGGGAGACGAGGGCAAAGGCAAACUCACCGACAUCCUUGCCCCCGAGGCGCAGCUCUGCGCGCGAGCCGCUCCCUUAUCCCAAGGCCGACGAGUUCUCAUCCUUAUGAAUAGCUUCCACCUACUGCCGUCCGGCCUCAUCAACCCGAGAUGCAUGAACUUCAUCGGCUCGGGUGUCGUCUUCCACGUCCCCAGCUUCUUCAAGGAGCUGCAGGAGCUCGAGGACAAGGGUCUCCCCUCUGUCCAUGACCGUAUCCUCGUUUCCGACCGAGUGCACAUCGAUCUCCAGAUGCAUGUGGCGGUCGAUGGCCUUGAAGAGAGGGAACUCGGAGAGGGAAAGAUUGGCACCACCAACAGGGGAAUUGGCCCUUCGUAUUCCGCCAAGGCCGGAAAGAAGAAGAACAAGGAUGGGAGGAAAGCCAUGCUGACCCUUGCACAGCGCAGUGGAAUCAGGCUGGCUGAGGUCUUCAACCCCAAGCUCUUCGAGACCAAGCUCCGACGACUAGCCGAUGGCUACCGCAAGCGAUACGGAGACCUGUUCGAGUACGACGUCGAGGAGGAGCUCGCCCGUUUCAACGAGUAUAGGCCCAAGCUGGCCAAGUACGCCGUGGAUGGCGUCUCGUUCAUCCGCUCGGCCCAGGAGAGCAACUCGAACAUUCUGGUGGAAGGGGCCAACGCCCUCAUGCUCGACAUCGACUACGGCUCAUACCCGUUUGUCACCUCGUCCAACACUACGCUGGGUGGAAUCAUCAGCGGACUCGCCUUGAACCCCAGGAAUCUAACCGAGAUUGUCGGCGUGGUGAAGGCCUACACAACUCGCGUCGGACAGGGGGCCUUCAAGACCGAGGACACUGGAGAGGCGUGUCGACCGGCCGCAGACGUAGAUGUGGAUGGCUUGGUAAAUCACGACAGCUCUGCUAUGAAUCGCAUGUCGCCUGUUACUGACUCACGUUGCGUACCAGACCUCGUCGUUGUCAAGUACAGCACCUCGAUCAACUGCUACACGGCUCUCAACCUCACAAAGCUGGACGUCCUCGACACUUUCGAGACCAUCAAGAUUGCCAUCGCCUACAAGGUUGACGGCGAGGAGCUCGACUACUACCCCGCCGACCUCGAUACCCUAGACCGCGCCGAGGUCGUCUACCACGAGAUGCCGGGAUGGCAGACACCCACCACCAAUGCCAAGACGUUCUUUGACCUACCCAAGAAGGCUAGGGACUACGUUGAGUACAUUGAGAAGUUUGUGGGAGUCAAGGUCAAGUGGAUUGGCACCGGUCCCGACCGUGAAGCCAUGAUCAAGCGCGCUUGA